AUGAGUUUAAUUCGUGUUGUGUACUACAUAAUUUUAUAUUUAUUUGUAUAUAACAAUGCCUCAGACAUUCAAAAAAUACAAAUACGUGGUCCGAAUCCUGCCUUUGCAUCAUAUACAGUCCUAAUGCGUGAGCCACUGGAAAUAGAUUUGGGCAAUUUUUCAGCAGUAUUAAAGUGCACAUACAAGGAUUUUGAAGAAUAUAGAUCCAGCUACUACAAUUAUUUUAAAACUAGUUCUUUUAUAAUAUCCAUUCGUGAGGUAAGCGCCUCAAUGAGUUCCAGGUGGCAAUGUGAAGUAGUGGAUUUUAAUAACACACAUAUUAACUAUUCAUUUGAUAUAAGAGUCAAAGGUGCAAAAAACGUAGAUGUAAAAAUCGGUGGAUUCAAUGAAAUUUAUGAAGAGACAAAUUUAACAGUGCUGGAAUACGAUGGUAUUGCUGAACAUGACUUGGAAGAGGGAGAUGUUGUGGACCUAACUUGUGGCAACAACUAUAGAACUGGUCAAAUCAGAAUACGAUAUUAUGGUAAAGACGGUAAAAUAUUGUUUGAUGCGCAGGAUACUGGCAUUAACUAUCCUUUGACAUUUCGCAUUUUGAUAAAGAAUAAGAGUGUUAACCAGUCAUACGUGGAAUGUACUUAUAUAGCACCAACGACGCAACAGGAAUUCACCUACAGAACAAUACUUACUGUUUUAGCCAAUAAAAACAUCAGAAGUAGUAAUGACUUCAUUGUGACCGUGAAUGGUAUGAAGUUAACACCGUUUCCUAGAAAAGCGCAUGGAAGAGAUAGAUAUUUAUACAAUUACAUUGUCGGGGAAUCGAUACAGCUAACAUGUACAAAAAAAAAUCAUUUGAUGGUUGGUGAUAUUUAUGGAAAAAUAUCAAAUGACAAUAGCAAAAAAGUUGUCACUAAAGAUAUUAUGAACACAUCGUCAAUAUACAGCACUUCAAUUGAAACAACACAUCUAGAUGGUAUGAUUUUUCAAUGCUAUUCGACAUCAGAAUCAUCUAAUAUUACAGCUGUUGAUAUAUUGUUUUUAAAGGAACAUGCUCAGGAUCCAGUCAUACGUGGUCUGUCUGCCAGCAAUAUACUUUAUCAAUAUAAUACGGGCGAGAAUGAGUGGAUAACCUAUUACAAGUAUUCGAUGAAACAAGUGUUAAAUCUCACUUGCAUAACUGCGAUAAAUAGAGAACCCCAGUGGGUAUACAGAGACAAUAUUACUUCAGUAGUUAAUGAAAAUAAAAAACACAACACCAAUUAUAUAAAUUAUGUGUUCAAUAUGGACGUCGAAUCCAAUGAGACUAUCAUCUGUAAAUCAACCAAGUCAGGAACAACAGCAAAAAGGAUGACUAUUAUUGUUUUACUCAAUAAUUAUAAAACGAAUGAGGGCAACCCUACAGUAUUUACGGUUGUUGGUAUUAUUACUGGAAUAUUAGGAGUUUUAAUUAUUGGUUUCCUGAUAUUUUACUACUGCAGAGUGAAGCGGAACGGUAGGAAAGGGUUACAGGUCCCAAAUGUAAGUUUCAAUGAUGACAAUACUUUGAUUGCUGAGUUCAAGUCUGAGUGGCAAGAAACAUAA